AUGCUUUCAAUUGUUUGUUUCCUUGCUAUUUUGGCGCAAAUAUCUGCUUCCGUCGUCUAUAUGCAUCCUGUGAAUCCGGCUCUUCAUCCACCUGAUAUGUAUCCAAUUCAACGUGAAGUCAGAAAUGAUAAAGUACGCGAUUUGCCACAAUCGGGAAUUGUCUAUUUGAAGAAAAUUAAACCAAUUUCUGAUGAAUUUUUAUUGAGAAAAGCUGCCGCAGCUGCACGUGAUGAACAAACUUUUAUAAACAAAGUUGAGCCAGAAGCAUUGCGUGAAUUACCUGGCACCUCAACUGAAUUGAAGGAACUGCACAACACCUCCAUGCUCAAACAAGAAUCACAAGAAAACAUAGAUUAUUCCGUUUAUGAUGAACGAGAUGAAGCUGAAGAUAUCACAAGCACUGCAAGCACAACCACCACAUCUACACCAACUACGAAGAAAACAAAGAUUUCCUCCAAUGACGACUUGUCAAAUGAAACUCUUGAACAUCUUGAUAACUUAUUGGCCGAGUUAACAGCUGAAAGCAAUCCGAAAGUCUCUAAAGCCUUGUUAGAGGAAAAUCCCGAAGAUUUGAAAGCUCUUGGCAGUUAUGAGAAGCCAUCUCGUCAGCAAUAUCAGCCAAAGCUUAUAACAUUAGCCGGAAGUGCUCGCGUACACAGUGGAUCAUUCAGUCGUUCAUUAUCAAAGCAGAUUCAUAGUGGAAGCGCGAAAUUAGUAAAAUUACAAAAUUCCAAUAAAAAUACCCAUGGCCUCAGAGCAAUUCCAAGACAAGCUGAUAAUGCAGAUUUUGAUCCAUGGGAGCGAAUGGGACAACGAUUCGUUUGA